CGCCCCACAGUCACUCUUGUGCCUCUCAACAGCCACAGGGGCAAAGCUCUGUCAUCCUGAGGAUCCAGUCAUCAGGGAACAGGACAGGGAGACCAGAAGAGGGCCAGCUGGAGCCAGGGGGUGGAGGCUCAGGAAACAGUCUCUGAGAGGGGCAGGGACCAGGCCCAGGAGGCCAGGGACCCAGAGAACAGACUCCCUUCAGAAGUGCAGAAGAGGAGAGCGGAAGGAACCGAGGGAGGGACAGACAGGAGCCCGAGGAGGGAAGAGGAGGGGGAGAGAGGGGUCAGGGCCCAGCAGCCAAGGAGGAGGCGUGUGGCUGGGGGCUGCAGGCAGGAAGCUGGGGACUGAGCUGGCUUAGCGGGCUGUCCCCUGGAGCCGCAGCAGCGGCAGCGGCAUCCCCGGGAGGCGCGGGUGUAGGCACCAGUGGUCAAGCCGGGAUGUGUCUCUAAGGGCAGGGCGGCAAGGAACACCUCACCAUGGCCCCCAGCACCCUCUGGAGCUGCUGCUGUCUCUGCUAUCUGCUGGCCGUAGCCACCGAGGCUGCCAGCUACCCUCCCCGAGGUUACAGCCUCUACACAGGGGGCAGUUCGGCCCUCAGUCCUGGGGGACCCCAGGCCCAGAACUCACCACGGCCCGCCAGCCGCCACAGGAACUGGUGUGCUUACGUGGUGACUCGGACCGUGAGCUGCGUCCUUGAGGAUGGAGUGGAGACCUUUGUCAAGCCAGACUAUCAGCCCUGCGGCUGGGGCCAGCCCCAGUGUCCCCGAAGUAUCAUGUACCGGAGCUUCCUUCGCCCUCGCUACAGGGUGGCCUACAAGACGGUAACAGACAUGGAGUGGCGGUGCUGUCAGGGCUACGGGGGCGAUGACUGUGGAGAAGGCCCUGCUUCCGCUCUGGGUCCUGCACCCUCCACACCACACCCCCGGCCCAGGCCUGCGCGCCCCAACCUAUCUGGCUCCAGUGCAGGCAACCACCUCAGUGGGCUAGGGGGAGAGGGUCCUGGGGAGUCAGAGAAAGUACAGCAGCUAGAGCAGCAGGUACAGAGCCUGACCAAAGAGUUGCAAGGCCUUCGAGGUGUCCUGCAGGGACUAAAUGGGCGCCUGGCCGAAGAUGUACAGAAGGCUGUGGAGACAGCCUUUAACGGGAGGCAGCAGCCGGCAGAUGCAGCCGCCCGUCCCGGUGUGCACGAAACCCUCAGUGCCAUCCAGCACCAGCUGCAGCUCCUGGACAACCGCGUCUCCACCCACGACCAGGAGCUGGGUCACCUUAACAACCAUCACAAUGGAGGCACCGGCGGAGGCGGCGGGGCCCCGGCCCCUGUCCCAGUCCCUUCGGGCCUCAGCGAGGAGGUGUUGAGGCAGCUGGAAAGGCAGCUUCAGGAGUCCUGCUCAGUGUGCCUGGCGGGGCUGGAUGGCUUCCGCCAGCAGCAGCAAGAGGACAGGGAGAGGCUGCGAACACUGGAGAAGCUACUGUCCUCCCUGGAGGAACGUCAGCAGCAGCACAUGGGACCCGCCAUGGCCAGGAGACCCCCUCAGGAGUGCUGCCCGCCAGAGCUGGGCCGGCGACUGUCAGAGCUGGAGCGGAGGCUGGAUGUAGUGGCCGGCUCAGUGACGGUGCUCAGUGGACGUCGGGGUUCUGAGCUGGGAGGAGCCGCUGGGCAGGGGGGCUACCCCCCAGGCUACACCAGCUUGGCCUCCCGCCUUUCUCGCCUGGAGGACCGCUUCAACUCUACCCUGGGUCCCUCAGAGGAGCAAGAGAAGGACCAGCCCGGGGGACCGAGGAAGCUGGGCCACUGGUUGCCUGAUGCUCCGAGACGGCUAGAAAAGCUGGAGGAGCUCAUGGCCAACGUGAGCAGGGAGCUGGGUGGCCGCCUAGGUCUGCUGGAAGAGCAGGUGACAGGGGCUGUGCAGGCCUGUGGACAGCUCUGCUCUGGGGGCCCCGGGGAACAGGAUUCCCGGGUCAGUGAGAUCCUCAGUGCCUUGGAGCGCAGGGUGCUGGACAGCGAGGGCCAGCUACGGCUAGUGGGCUCAGACUUGCACAAAGUUGGAGCAGCAGGGGAGGCCCAGCAGGCCAUGUUGGAGGGGCUGCAAGGGAUCCUGGGCCGGCUGCAGGAGCGCAUGGAUGCACAGGAAGAGGCAGCCGCAGAACUCUCGCUGCGCCUCAAUCUUACAGCAGCCCAGCUAAGCCAACUGGAGGGUCUGCUGCAAGCCCGCGGGGACGAGGGCUGCGGGGCCUGUGGUGGGGUCCAGGAGGAGCUGGGCCGCCUUCGGGACGGCGUGGAACGUUGCUCCUGCCCACUGUUACCUCCACGGGGCCCUGGAGCUGGUCCAGGUGUUGGGGGACCAAGCCGCGGGCCUCUGGACGGCUUCAGUGUGUUUGGGGGCAGCUCAGGCUCAGCCCUCCAGGCCCUUCAAGGAGAACUCUCUGAGGUCAUUCUUACGUUCAGCUCCCUCAACGACUCACUGCAUGAGCUCCAGACCACUGUGGAGGGCCAGGGUGCUGAUCUGGCCGACCUGGGGGCCACCAAGGACAGCAUCAUCUCUGAGAUCAACAGGUUACAGCAGGAGGCCACGGAGCACGUUACAGAGAGCGAGGAGCGCUUCCGAGGCCUGGAGGAGGGCCAGGCACAGGCCGGCCAGUGCCCUAGCUUAGAAGGGCGAUUGGGCCGUCUUGAGGGGGUCUGUGAGCGACUGGAUACUGUGGCAGGGGGACUACAAGGCCUGCGUGAAGGCCUUUCUAGACACGUGGCUGGGCUCUGGGCUGCACUUCGGGAAAACAACAGUACCAGCCACACACACGCUGCUCUGCUGGAGAAGCUGCUGGGGGGCCAGGCAGGCCUGGGCAGACGGCUUGGUGCCCUCAACAGUUCCCUGCUGCUCCUGGAAGACCGUCUGCAGCAGUUCAGCCUGAAGGACUUCACUGGGCCUUCAGGAGAGGCUGGGCCCCCUGGGCCUCCUGGGCUCCAGGGGCCUCCAGGCCCUGCAGGACCUCCAGGACCUCCUGGCAUGGAUGGACAAAAGGGGCCCAUUGGACCACCAGGUCCUCAAGGUGAACAGGGAGUGGAGGGAGCGCCAGCAGCCCCCGUGCCUAGAGUGGCCUUUUCAGCUGCCCUGAGUUUACCCCGGUCGGAACCAGGCACAGUCCCCUUCGACAGAGUCCUGCUCAACGAUGGAGGCUACUACGACCCAGAGACAGGUGUGUUCACGGCACCACUGGCUGGACGCUACUUGCUGAGCGCUGUACUAACUGGGCACCGGCACGAGAAAGUGGAGGCGGUACUGUCGCGCUCCAACCUGGGCGUGGCCCGCAUAGACUCGGGGGGCUACGAGCCCGAGGGACUGGAGAAUAAGCCUGUGGCCGAAAGUCAACCCAGCCCCGGCGCCCUGGGCGUCUUCAGCCUCAUCCUGCCGCUGCAGGUCGGAGACACUGUCUGCAUCGACCUGGUCAUGGGGCAGCUGGCCCACUCGGAGGAGCCGCUCACCAUCUUCAGCGGAGCCCUGCUCUACGAGGACACAGAGCUUGAACAGGUGUAGACAGGGUCGGCCCGACCACUGAACUUACCUACACGGGCCGCAGAGCCGCCUGGAUCGCGGCUCCCCCCCACCCCCGCGCCGAGGCCGGGGUGGGCCAAGUCCGGGGACCACGCACGCCCCGCUGCGGUUCAGGUCUCCAGAGCGGCCACUCUGCAUGCAGCGACUUCGUGGUGUCCGGGACCUAGGCGUCUCCUCUUGACUUUUGGCCUCACUGCCGUCCCCACCAGAGCCCUCUCCAGGACCCGGGAUGCGGAAGAGGAACCGUCCCUCGAACCCCUUCCUUGCUUCCGCAAUCCUCGGGGUCCAAGGGCUUUCCCGAGCCCGCACCGCCGUACUAAACUAUUCAGGAAUAAAGACACUUAUUUUUGUUUUUCUAUAAAACACA